AUGUCUCACCUUACCUACACAGCCUACGAAGGCUAUGGCGAGCGCGCCAAGAAGGACCUCUGGUACAGCCAAGCCGUCCGUGUCGGAGACAUCAUCGAAUGUUCUGGCCAAGGCGGCUGGGACCGAGAGACAGAGAAAAUCGACCCGAAUGUGGUGAUUCAGAUAGAAAAAGCGUUCGAUAACGUGGAAGCUGCUUUGAAGGCAGCAGGUAGUCGCGGUUGGGAGGAUGUUUUCUUCCUGAGAUCACACCACCUGCCCUUCAAUAACGAAGCACUCGAGACAAUGGUUCGCUGCCUGAAAAAGUAUUGCCCGAAUCAUCAGCCGACCUGGACAGCCCUGGGGGUUCCUCGCCUGGCUCUUGAUGAUAUGCGAGUGGAGAUCGAAGUGCGGGCGCAUGUCCCCAAAGACCGAGAGGAGAAGUAA